GCACAUUGGGAACAGCAGAUGCAAUGAGUAUAAGUGCUUGGUUCCAUAUACGCCCUUGCAUAAGUAGUUCAUAAGCAGUGAGCACCAAUGAAGCCGUUUUACAAGUUGCACAACGCUGGCACGAGGCGUGAUUAAAACAGGUUCGAACUGGCAGAUAUAAUUGAGAGCACGAAUCAGAUACGCACACCUCGGCUCUUCUAUAGGGGGAGACAUUACAGCGCAGGGCCAAGCCCAAUUGGCAAUCAAGGAAUUGCGCUUAGAGUGGAACUCAGAGUCCACAGACUGGCCGUACAUUUCCAAGCUCCAACAAGGAGACGAAAGAGGGUAGACGUUGGCCCGGUUGGGUAGGAGGAAGAAAGCGACGUUGCAUGAGCACGGGGCAAAGCUCUGCUGAGUGCUGAUCCGGCCAGCUUAACAGGCUGUCGAUGCAUCUUCGUAGUGCCCAGGGCUGUUUCCAUUGCUGAUUUCUUAGUUUGUUUAAACGCUGUGUUCCUGUGUUCCUCCUGAGUUGCUUUCUCGCCUCAAGCCUUAAGGAAAGGAUGCCGCAGGUUUCGAACGGUGUCCGUUGCGGGCUGGUGGGGAGAUUCAAGUUUGUACUUUUUGAUAACCCCGCUGGACUUUGAGGCAACUGUUCAUUGAGUGGCGUGUAGCGGGAGUAUUUGGCAUACCCUAUUCACAGGACCGCAUGCCCAGUUUCAGGAAACGAAUUGCAAGUUUACAAGGAAAACCGCUUAAUGCCAACCAAGGGGUCGUAGUGGCAAGAGCAACUCCAUAUCUCUGAGUGUUGCGAGCAUGGCAGGUGGGAGGGUGCCGCAUCUGGGUGUUACAGAGCCCAUCUCUCUCAGCGGACCUACCAGCCUCGACCUCAGGCAGAACGAAGAAUUAGAGAAGUACUUGGUGGCAGCAGGGCUUUACGAGAGCCGGGACGAAGCGCUGCUUCGAGAGGAAGUCCUUGGGUUUUUGGAUGAGAUGGUCAAGCGCUGGGUUAAGCAAGUUGCACGCUCCAAGGGUUUCGCCGACUCCAUCAUCGAGGGAUCAAGUGCAAAGAUCUUCACCUUUGGAUCAUAUCGGUUAGGAGUUCAUGGACCUGGCGCUGAUAUUGACACCCUCUGCAUCGGUCCCACCAUGUGCGACCGCGAGACGGACUUCUUUGUGACGCUGCACGACAUGCUGAGGGAGGUGCCAGACAUUGUGGAGCUGCACGCUGUCCCAGACUCGCACGUGCCAGUCAUGAAGUUCAAGCUGAAGGGCAUCUCCAUCGAUCUGGUGUAUGCAAAGCUGAACAUGUGGCAGAUUCCGGAGGAUUUAGACAUCUCGGGGGAUUCCAUCCUUCAGGGCCUGGACGAGCAGACGGUGCGCAGUUUGAACGGGUGCCGCGUGACGGACCAGAUCCUGAAGCUCGUCCCCAACAUCCCCGCCUUUAGGACGACCCUCCGGUGCAUGAAGCUGUGGGCCAAGAAGCGCGGCGUCUACUCCAACGUCACUGGUUUCCUGGGCGGCGUCAACUGGGCCAUCCUCGCGGCGCGCGUCUGCCAGCUGUACCCCAACGCGUGCCCCUCCAUGCUCGUCCAAAAGUUCUUCACCGUCUACGAGAUGUGGCGUUGGCCCAACCCGGUCAUCCUCAAACCCAUCGAGGAAGGCGCGCUGGGGUUGACCAUUUGGGACCCCCGCAAGAAUUUCCGGGACAAGAGCCACCUGAUGCCGAUCAUCACGCCCGCGUACCCGUGCAUGAACAGCAGCUACAACGUGUCGGAGAGCACGCUGCGCAUCAUGAAGCAGGAGUUUGCGCGCGGGGUCGAGGUCUGCAAGGAGAUCUCGCUGUACAACAAGGACUGGGGCCCCCUGUUCGAGACGUUCAAGUUCUUCGACACCUACAAGCACUUCCUCCAGAUCGACAUCUCCGCGUCCACAAUUGACGACAUGAUUUCCUGGCGGGGCUGGGUCGAGUCGAGGUUGCGGCAGCUGACCCUCAAGGUGGAGCGCUUCACACAGGGCAUCCUGCAGUGCCACCCCAACGCGGCCGAGUACUGCGACCCCGCACUCGCUGGCCUGCACACCGCCUUCUUCAUGGGCCUCCAGCCCAACCCGCGCAUGGGCCCUGACGGACCCAAGUCCGCCGACCUUCGACCCGCAGUCAACGCCUUCAAGCCGCAGGUGUUUGAGUGGCAGGGCCGCAAGGAGGGCAUGGAAAUGGCAAUCAGUCGCGCAAAGAAGAAGCAGCUGCCGGCGUGGGUGUUCCCCGGAGGGGUGCGCCCCGAGAGGGCCCCGAGAAAGCGGCCGUCGCAGGAGAUUGCUCUGCCAGUCGCUGCACCUGACGGCGAGCCCGAGAGGGCCCCGAAAAAGCGGCCGUCGGAGGAGAUCACCCCCGCAAUAGCUGGGCCGGACGGCGAGCUUGAGGAGAACGGGGCCCCGGAAGCCAAGGCUGCGAAAACCGGCGACGGGCAGACGGCCGGGGGGCAGGCGCGGGGUUUGGAACCGGGCGCAUCUGCUGACGUAGGCCCGGCGACCGAGGAAGCGGCGGCGGCGGAUGAAAGUCCGGACGGGAUGGAUCUGACGGGGGAGGAGCUUGCCCCCCCGGAAAGUGCGCCGCUCGAUCAAGCGGAGCUCGACGGCACUGCGGAGGCACGAAACACGGAGCUGGAAACGGGGGCUGGUGUCGAGGACGGCAGUGGGGGGGAGGAACUAGUGGCGGCGGAAGCUCCGGGGGAGGUAGCUGGGGAAGAGAACGGGUCAGCGGUUGGGACGGAGGGGGCAACGACUGCGCCUGCUGCGAUCAACGGACACGCUGAAGCGGAGAGAACGGAGGCGAACGGCGACGGGGGGGUGGAGGAGUUGGAGGUGCUGCACCGCGCUCAUGGGCCCUGCCGGGCGGGCGACGUUUCUGGCCCCCGCCUUCCCGACCGGGCCGGGCCGGCCCGGGGGGAAGGCAGCAAGACAGGAUGCACCGAAACGGCCGCUCAUCAGACUGAACCUCGCCAAAAAGGCCAAGUCCUGAUGGUCGGGGCCGCUCUAGCACGCCGUAACUUCGCACCUGUCUUGCUGACCUUCCCCGGGUGACCCUUUCCGACUUCCACCGCACCUCAACGCCCAGCCUCCUCCACUUCUUCCACGUCUCAAGCAUGUCAGUCAUCAACUACGCGUUGGUCGGCGGCUGAAUGAGUGAGUGGAGAGGCACUGUCCUUCUCCCUCCACCUUAUGAUGCCUCUGAUUCGAUGCGUCUGGUAACUAAUGGCGUCUUGUCUACCGCACAUAGUUGAGCUGCGAGGUGCCUUUUCGGUUGCUCCUUCCGUGUUCUGCUUGCAACCUUCGAGCCUUGCAGUGACACGGGUGGUAGGAGCUUCGUAGUUGAAGGUGGCAGUGGGUCAGGGAAGCUCCAAGCAAAGCUUGUCUUGCCAGAUUGUGGUGACCAGUGCACCAAGACAGCUCAAUCUGUACCCUGUUCUUUAAGGACAUAGCUCAAGCUUGUACCGUUCGCUUGAAUUGAAAUGGAUUAUGGUGCAUGA